GAGAGUCUUUUUCUUUAUGAGCCAAUCUCAUGCCAUCAUGACUAAGGUGACUUGUGUUGGUACCGCUGGUUUAUUCAUAACAAACAUGGUUCUCUUUGAUGCUUCCAAGUAUAAAAAUGAAAUAAUUAGUUAUAAACAGUUCUUCUUCCUUGAACUAAUUUGGUUGGCAAUUAUUAUUGUACCAAUGGUUGUCCUUAUUCACAAUGUUUUCUGGUCAUUUACUCACAUUAUUUUAUUGAUUGUCUACACAUCUUUGUGCCUCGACUUUCUUUACUCUUCUAUUGACUCCAACAAUCAGCUGGUACCGGCAACUGUUUUGAUUGAUAUCUUUAUAAAGAAACAAAAUUAUUAUUACAAUCAAUUGUUAAUCACAGAGAGACAACUGAGUCCAAUAACUUUAGCUGGUUAUAUUAUCGGCUCUUUGAUGGCUGAUUUUGCCCUUUUUUACGGUUUAUUUAUUAAAACGGGUUCGGUUUUGUUUAAUGUCCUCACCAUAACAUUAGGGAUAGUAGCGUUUGGUGCUUUAACGUUGUUAAAUAUAAUCGCUGCAACCACAGUGGACAAGGUAAAAAAAUGUAGACUUAUGAACUAUUGGAUAAUAAGAAGUGGUCAAAGUAAAACUCUAUCAUCUCAAAUAAAAUUAAUUGCUAUAUUUGAAAGACUUUCCACUCACCCAGUUGGAUUUUUUGUUGGAAGACUAUUUGUUAUUGAUAAUCAUCGUUUUCUGUUGUUUUUACUGGAAAAUAUCAGUAUUUUGCUAUUAUUUAUUACAAAUAUGACCAGAUUAUGGAAAAACUAACCCAAAAUUGCACUGGUACUUCACUGUAUCAUAAUCUACCGACAUUCAUUAUUGGGUCUUUACCAUAAAAUUUGAACCUGAUUUGAUGUCAAUUUUUCAUCCAACCUUAAUCAAUCUUAAACAAUCUUAAUCAACCGAAAUUUCUUCAAUUUGUGAUCGACUUAAAUGUAUAUUGAAAUUUAAAUGCUGGCUAUAAUUUUAGUCCAACAUUUAGCUACAGGAAUGGGACAUAAUCCAGUGCAAAGCUGAGUGCAAAUCAAAUGCUUCUCCGGUUCAUUUGCAAACGCUCUGAAUAAUUGACUGAUAACUUAUUGAGACAAUUUUGUACCCAAUUGUGAAUCAUUUUGUUACUCUGGUUUAAAAUAAAUGAUAAAUCAAAUCUGAUUGAAUCAAGAGCUUCUGAACAGGUAGUUUGUUAAAAUGAAGAAUGUCAAUGAAAUCCAUUAAAAACACCCAUUUUGCUACUUUUUUGACAUCAAAUUGCUCAUUUUUUCGUAAUUUUACUCUAAUUGAAAAAAUUAUUCAUUGAAAAUGAUGAAAAGGGAGGAUCUUUUACUCAUACAUUGCGAUUGAUUGUUAAAUAUC